CUGGAAAAAAAAAAAACACACCACCCCCAGAAACAGAAACAUGUAACGGUGCGACGGUACGCUGCUACCUACCCACAGCAUCCCUCACUGAGACCCGGUUCAGCACCGGAGACAAACUUCCUCCCAUCGCAUUGGGACUUUGUAGGGUGGUGGGGAAGGCCUAGUCCCCCACCUUGAUCAGGCCAGGUCCCCCCUACCUACCCGCUGACACACACGGAACCAUGAGUACUACAGGCAAGGUCAGCGGGCUCAAACCCCCCAGUAAAAUAGUCCGUCCAUCUGUGGCGCCAUCAAAGACGUCUCCAACUUCUGGUACUCCAAAGCCCGUUCCCCCUGAGAAGCCCCCCGGCCAGCGUGACCUCCCGACCCAGGAGGGAAGUGUGGACUUUCAGAUCGGCGAGAGGGUCUGGGUCAACGGCAACAAGCCCGGCUACGUGCAGUUCAUCGGGGGCACGCAGUUCGCUCCCGGGCAGUGGGCGGGGAUCGUGCUGGAUGAGCCGAUCGGGAAGAACGACGGGUCCGUGGCGGGGGUCCGGUACUUCCAGUGCGAGGAUGGGAGGGGGAUUUUCACACGGCCUUCGAAGCUCUCCAAGACUGCGCUGCCGGAGAAGGAGGCGAAUGGGAGGCAGGCCAGUCCAGCACCGGGGGUCAGUCCAGCACCGGGGGUCAGUCCAGCACCGGGGGUCAGUCCAGCACCGGGGGCCAGUCCAGCACCGGGGGCCAGUCCAGCACCGGGGGCCAGUCCAGCACCGGGGGCCAGUCCAGCUCCAGGAACCACUGCGGCGACCGAGUCUGUGCCUGCUGCUACCUCAACUGCUCAGGGCACCGGCAUAAAGACGGCACUCAACCGAAUGCUCACCUCCAGCGAGUCCGUGUCGAACCUCUCAGACACCGAAUCCAUGAAGAAGACCAAGAGGGAGCUGAGGCUGGGAGACCGAGUGCUGGUUGGCGGUACAAAGGCAGGAGUGGUGCGGUUUCUGGGAGAGACUGACUUUGCCAAAGGAGACUGGUGCGGAGUGGAACUGGAUGAACCACUCGGCAAGAAUGAUGGAGCUGUAGCAGGGACCAGAUACUUUCAGUGCUUGCCCAGGUAUGGUCUGUUUGCUCCGGUCCACAAGGUGACGCGUAUUGGCUUCCCGUGCACCACGCCUACCAAGGCCAAGAGCUCACGGAGGAGGUCCACUCUCAAGAGGAGCCCGAGCGCUUCCUCCAUCAGCUCGCUCAGCUCCGCAACCUCUUCAAUCAGCGGCAAACCAAGCCGAGCAGGACUGCUCACGGAGACGUCUGCUCGGUACGCCCGGAAGAUUUCUGGCACCACGGCGCUGCAGGAGGCUCUGAAGGAGAAGCAGCAGCACAUCGAACAGCUGCUCGCAGAGAGAGACCUGGAGAGAUGUGAGGUUGCAAAGGCGACCAGCCACGCAGGAGAGGUGCAGCAGGAGCUGACUCUGCUGAGGAAAGGACGGGAUCAGUACGCGGUGGAGAUGGAAGCAAAGUUGGACCAGCUGCGUUCGCUGGUGGAGGCAGCAGAUCGGGACAAAGUGGAGCUGCUCAACCAGCUGGAGGAGGAGAAGAGAAAAGUGGAAGACCUGCAGUUUCGUGUGGAAGAAGCAUGCAUCACCAAAGGAGACCUGGAGACGCAGACCAGACUGGAGCAUGCCCACAUAAAGGAGCUUGAGCAGAGCCUGCUCUUUGAAAAGACCAAAGCUGAAAAACUCCAGAGGGAUUUAGAGGACACUAGGGUGGCCACGGUGUCUGAGCGCUCCAGGAUCAUGGAGCUGGAGAGGGAGGUGGCAGACCUCCAGCUCAGGCUCCGGGCGUCCCAGCAGAAGGAGGAUGCGGUGUCUCUGUCCCAGCAACAGAUCAGCAGCCUCAAGGCCCAGGCGCAGUCUCAGGAGAAAAAGAUCAGUGAGCUGAGUGUCGACUUGGAGAGCAAACAGAAAGAGCUUCAGUCCGUGCAGCAAGAUAAGAGCUCUCUGGAAGAGCAGCUAACCGGCCUGAGACAAAAGCUUGAGAUAGCUGAGGAGGAGAACACAAGGACGGCAAAGACCAUGCAAGAAUUGGAGCAGAGUGUGGAGCAGUCUAAGAAAGACAACCAGACCCUGAAAGAGGAGAGUCAGUGCAGAGAGAAAGAGCUGAUACAGGCUGCUGAAAAGUCAGAGAGGACGGCGCUGUCGCUUGAACAGCUGACCAAUGAGAAGAAGACACUGGAGACACAGCUUGAGGCUUUGAAACAACAGAACUCCAAAUACCAGGAAGAAAACGAGCGCAUCGGAGUCCUCUGCAAGGAAAUUGAGGAGCUGAAGCUGGCCUCCCAGAAGUCUCAGCAUCUCGAGGAGCACAAUGAGGACCGCAGCACUCAGCAGCCAGACAUGAAGACCAGAGAAACCAUCUCGAAUCAGGGACCAGCGGGAGAAAUAAACUUCCAGAAAUCCACUGGAGCCUUAAUCUCGGAGAAAGACCGGGAACUGGAGACUCUGAGGAAUGAGAUCGCGGUGCUGCGAGGAGAAAACGCCAUGGCCAAGACCCUGCAGUCGGCCGUGGAGACGUUGGAGAGAGACAAAGCUCAGCUGCAGAGCCGCGUUCACAGUCUAGAGCAAAGGCUCAUGGGAAGUCAGGCCUCAGAGGGAGAAGACAUUGAAGCUCCACCCUCAGGCGAUGCGGCUCUGCAGCAGCUGAGGGAGGAGAAGGAGUUCGCUGAGGGACAGAUCAACUUCCUGAACAGCGUGAUUGUGGACCUGCAGCGGAAGAACGAGGAGCUGAAGAUCAAACUGAAGAAGCUCGCUCUGGCAGAGUUCAACGGCAACGACGGGACUGAUGGGUUUGUUGGAGGUGUCUCAAAGCGGGAAAAGAAGGCGACCCCGCGUCUGUUCUGCGACAUCUGCGACUGCUUCGACCUCCACGACACAGAGGACUGCCCCACUCAGGCCCAGAGCCCCGACUCCGUCCCUCACACCACCUACCACGGAAACCCGUCCGACGAGAGGCCCUACUGCGACAUCUGCGAGGCCUUCGGACACGCCACGGAGUCCUGCAACGAUGAUCAGACCUUCUAGAGGCUCCCGAAAAAGCUCUUUCCCCUUAAAACCUUCACCUUCUACUCUCCCACUACAUUCCCCCCACAAUCCAGCCCCCGACACGCCUGAUUAAAAUCCCCAUCAGAUAUUUCCAUAUUGUAUUUUUAUACUGUAUUUAUGCAUAUCACUCGUAGCCACUGUCCUGAUCUAAACCCUCUUUCCUCUAAAGAUAAACUGUUCUGACUGUAAUGCAGAAUGCUCGUCCAAAUAUGCUGCUUUGGUGCAAUAUUGAUGUUUAUAACAGAAGGAAUUCGUCCUCUGCACUUCGUCGUUUUUAACGUGUUGUUUUUGCAUUUAAGUUUGUUUUUCUAAAUUAAGCAUAAGUGAAGUUUCAGGUUUUUUUUUUUUUUUAUUUAGCCAAAAAAUGAUGCAACGCAGUGAAGCACAGAUCAAACUGAAGGGAAAAAGAAGCACCUCUUACAUUCCUGUCGUCUGUCUCACAUUCCUCCGUCUGCGCGGCUACGAACCAAUCAGAGAGCGAUACUGCCAUGUCAAACCCGUCACUACUUAUUAAUGUUUUAUGUCUUUUCUUCUAGCGUACAGACCUACGGGUAUAAGGGCCGCUGUCGGAGGAGAUUUUAAGAAUAAAGCUGCAAUUUUACCGGAAAAAAGUCCUAAUAUUUCGAGAAAAGAUUUCCAGAAAUACUCAAAAAUGCUGAAAAAACUCUUAUUAUCAAUCGUUAUCUACAACGAAACAUUCAUAAAUUACUCAAUUAAAAGUUAUUAAACACUCCUUACUACAAACUUUGCCUUGUUUACUACGAGGAAGCUUUAAAAUAUAACGUAAUAUAACAACUUUAGUCUUUAAACAUUAUCAUGAAACUAAUAUGAAUUAAUUCUCGUAAUAUUACGUCUUUAUUCUUGAGAGAUUUACUCUCUUUAAACUUUACUGUUGACUGUAUUCUUAAAACAUAACAACUUUCUUUUCCUUUCAAGAAAACUUUAAAAUAUAACUUUUAAUUUAACGUACUAAUCAAUCGACUUUUGGCCCUCGUGCUCCGUCAUAACCAACAGAAAUGUUAACCUAUGGAAAACCAAUAAUACUAUAAACUCCUCCAGAGCUUUAACUGCGUCUCACUGUCUUCUUCAGUGGAUGGAGUUCAACCAGCAAACUAAAGGGUUAACUGUCUGUGUUUACUCCAUCUACUGAAGAAGACCAUUAGAUACAAAUGAAGACUGCACCAAAAGCUAGUAAGUGGACUUUGACUCCACAGACUUUACACUCAGAGGUCAGUUUACUUCUUUUUUUUUUUUUUACUUACUUACUUUUUUUUUUGUAUGAAGUUUUCUUUGUGUUUGAUCUCCCUACGAGGUCCAUUUAAUGAGCUCUGGAGCUUUCAUCCCGAUCGCAGGACCUUCCUCGGCAGUUGUCUUUCUCGGCACUUUUAAGGGUUUCUCGUCAACGUUGGCUUAAAAUGUGAGAGUCCAUCCGGGUUCACACUUGAAUCAAAAGCUCCAGAACAGCUACUAAAUGGACCUUGGGAUGAGAUCAGCAUCCAGGUUAACGUCCUCGGGAAAAAAAAAAAAUACCACGCCUCUGAAAGUCACCGAGGAUUCGUUGUAGAAGAAGAAGUUGUUGUUUUGUUAUUUAUUGUCCGAUCUUUCGUUAACCGGUGAUGUUCCUACAGGGAAAUAAGCUAGCACUGAGGAGAGGUGUAGGUAGGACUACUGUAGUAUAAAGGCGACCGAGUACAGGAAGUCCCCCAGAAAGCCUCGACUAACUUAAGUUUUUGCACUGUUCACUUUAAAGAUUCAGCAGAAAAACACACGCAGCGCUUUAACUUUAUGACUCUAAACUAAAGGGACGAUUUUAUCGGAGAGGUCAGUGCGGAUUAUUCUGCCCUCGUUUAAAGCUUCAAACAUCUUCAACCUUUUGGGAAAUACGCUUCUUGUCUUUUGAGAGUUUGAUGAGAUGAUUUAUACUUUCACAACCCGUAAAACAGCGAAUUGACUUGUUGACGCUUCGUUUUUUUUGUCUCUCACUAAAACAAGAUGUUAGUGAGAUUUAGAGGUAGAUGGAUUUUGUUACAGAGACAGUGUGAAAACCGUUGUGUUCCUCUGGUACGGCGCUCCUGGCGUGCGUUCCUCUCUUUCGCCACACGUCGCCACAAAGUUAAAAUAUUUUCAACUUUUUACUGUAUUUAAAAGGGAAACUCCAACAAUUUCACACCUCAACGUCUGUUUGCAGACUGCUGCAUAUGUGACUAAAUUUGUAUAAAACAAUCAGAUAAAUUGCGUCAGAUUUAAUCAUUUUACAAAUGCAAAGAUUGAACAUAUCGUUAGUGAAAACAAACACACAUCGCUCAACCGUCAGACCCGAUUUAUCUCUGCAUUGAUUUUUAUGUUUUAUAAUUUCCUGAAGGACUAACGCACAGAUAUAUAAGAGUGUAAUCAGUUUCUUGUCGAAGGUCGAACAAGCGAAUUUCCCAAAACGUGAAAAACCUUUUAAAUUAACCCUGUAUAGCAACACGUGUUUGACUUGUUGUUCUUAAGCACAAUUUUGGAUCAUAUUGAAUCUUUCAGUGUAACAGUGUAUAAUAAUACAUGAUGUGACUAACCACUGAGUCUUUGUAAAUACUAAUCAGAGGCUUCCCCUUCUGAUAAAUGUGUACACAGUGCCAUGGAACAAACAAAAAAGAAUAGCUUUUUAUGUGUACUACAUUUUUAUUUUUCUGCCCUGUUGAUAAGAUUGACAUUGUAUAAGGAGGUUUCAAUAUAAAACAAAAAAAAAAAGCCCAUUUGUAUAGACUUUAAAAAACAUUGUGUACUUUAUAAGUGAUGCGUCUAAUUAUUAGUGUAAUGUUUUAUAUGUAACAAUUUCCGGCACCGUCUAGAAAUGGUUUUGGGAACCAGAUGUCGGCGUGGUGUAAACUGUCACUGUUUUCUAUGUACUGUAUAUUCCCGAGCAGUCCAAUAGAAAUACUAAGAAAAGAAA